AUGUUGUGGAUCCAGCGAGCGGCGGAGGGAGAGUCAACAUCACAGCGAGCGGCGGGGGGAGUCAUCAUCAUCAUCAUCAUCACAGCGAGCGCAGCGGGACAGAGAGAUGCCGAGCCCCGAGCACUACACAAGACAAGACACGGCGAAUCCACCGAUGUGUCUGGAAGCCAACUGGAGGAAUUGGACUCCAUGGUGUUUAAAAACUUGCCAAGUCUGCGUUUACUUGACCUCAGCAACAACAGGAUUUCACAGUUCAGCGUUGAGGCUUUAGCUCAAGACAACAAGAUCGAGGUUCUAAACCUCAGCAAAUCCUUAUACAAUCACUCCUACAUCGGCGUGUUUGCAGAUCUAUUCAAACACAGCCUGCCUAAGGUUUCCCAUCUUGAUUUGUCCAAUAAUGACCUGGUGCUCCUUCCAGAAGGCGUAUUCGCGGGUUUGUCUGACCUCACUGUUUUGGAUUUGAGGAACAACUCCCUUGUUACAAUCAGGAAUGAUACGUUAUGCAAUCGGGCACUUAAAGAGUUGGACUUACGAGACAACGCGUUGAAAGUCCUGCCCAACGUGACCCUAGAGGAGCUCAGUUCGAUCCCUGAUUUGCGAGUCAGACUCGCGGGAAACCCCUGGCGCUGUGAUUGCAAUAUUGAGGACAUGUUGAUUUGGUUGGAGAGACAUGAGUUUGUGGUAGACAGAUUGAACCUAACCUGUUCUGGCCCAGCUAGACUAAAAAAUGCCCCACUUUUAACCCUGAAACAAUCACAGCUCUCGUGCUGGAGCAACGCCGGAGACGCGAUGGACCGUGUGCUGGAGCCCUCCUAUGUGUUCUUGGGGAUGGUUCUUGCCCUCAUUGGGGUCAUCUUCCUUCUGGUCCUUUACCUUAACAGGAAAGGGAUCAAGGGGUGGAUGUACAAUAUCCGUGACGCGUGCAGAGAUCAUAUGGAGGGAUACCAUUACAGAUACGAGAUCAACUCUGACCCGCGGCUAGCCAACCUCAGCCUCAACUCCGAUGUGUGACGAGACACAUUUGGAGAACUGGCUUGCACAACUGGCACGCAAUGAUCGGACUCUAGCUUUGCAUGAAUACAUAUAUAACUAGAGGUUUGCUGUGACAUGCAUUCUUUUCCGUCGGAUAGGACGUUAACUGGAUUCUGCAAGCGUCAACCCUGUUAUGCUCGCUGCAGGCUCAUUCAUAUAUGCCGGUGUAUUGCUAUAAUGUUGUCCAUUGGCGCAUGAGUCAAGAACAUCAAGUGCAUACGUUUAGAAUUCAUAUUUCCUUUUUUAUAAAAGCACAAUGGAUGGGACUGUGGAGGGAGUCUGUCUUUUCUGAUGAAAUCUGAAAUUACAGAGUAACCUGUCUUCUUGCAAUAUGUCAAAACAAACUGUAAUGUUAUUUUUUUAUAGCUUAGUUAAUUUUUUCUGCAAAAAAAAAAAAACUAUUCAAACUGCCAUGCAUGUAUUUAUGUAUUUUUUCAUUGAUGUACAAUUAUGGCAAUAUCCACUUUUUUAUGAUGAGUUAUUGGUUUUUAUAUUUACAUUUGUUGGCUGGACAUAGAUCAACUCUUUUCUAGGGGAUGGCCUGUUGAAUUAAAGGUCUUGCACUGA